AGAACCUGGGGCCAGGUCCCGCUCAGCCAGCAGUUGAAUUGUUGUCCGUCUACAUUGGUAGACAUAAAGCAUGAAGGAAAUAGAGAUAUCAACUGAGGUGCCAGACUGCGACGCGAAGACCUACUUUUCUGCAAUCUACUCGGAUGACAAGGCCACGCGGGCCUUCCAUGCGGAGGUCAACGGUGACACCACGGCGAGUGCGCAGCCGUGGAGCGCCGACGGCAGCCGCACGGUCAAGUUUGUGAUGCCGAUGAACGUGCCAGCCUUCCUAAAGCGCAUUAUCGGUCUGGACAGCGUGCCUGUGACUGAGGUGCAGCAGCUCGAGUGGGCGGAGGACAAGAGCUCGUUCAAGCUGGUGUCAGAGCCCACUCUCAAUUUUCCCGGCGCCAACAAGUUCACGACGUCUGGGUUCCUGGAGGUCUCCACCCUGCCCAAUGGCAGCACACGGGUGACGGCACUGAUGCGGUGUUCCGCUGGCCUCGCCUGGCCAUUGAACACACAAGUGGAGUCCACGAUGGCGACGGAGGCUCAGGCGUCCAUCAACACCUUCCUCGAGUGGUGCAAAACCUACUUCAGGAAGUGGCAGUCUGAGCGGGAGGAGGUGCCGGAGCGCCCCGCGCCGCCGCCCGGCGCCGCCGCCCGCGCCGCCACUCCCUCUGGCGGCGGCCCCGACGUCUUCUACGACGCCUGGGACGACGAGUCGGAGCUGGCGCAGGCGCCCACUGGCGCCGAGGUGGAGGGCGGCGAGGCAGGUCCGUCAGGCGCAAGUGCGGAGGUUGUGCCGUAUGCCCCAAAGCGGCUGGAGGACGUCAUUGUGGAGUGCCUACGCCACAUCCAGGCUAGCACGGCGGACACGGCCGCCAGCCUGCGCAAUCUGGAGGACAUGAUUCGAAACAUGGACGACAACAUACAGGUGCUUCGAGACAAGCUGGCGGGCAAGCGGCCGACCGCACGGUCACGACCCGCUGCGGCGUCAGGGGCGGCUGCAGCGGGCUCGGCAGCAUCCAGAACGGCAACCAGCGCGGCGGCGGCGACGGCGGUGGCGGCGCCCGGCGCGGGCUGGGGCGGCUACCUCGGACUGGUGGCGGCGGUGUCGCUGGUGGCGGGCUCAGGCGCGGUGGCGUACAUGCGGUACAAACAGGUGUCGGCAGGUAGCGGCGGCAGCAGAUAGCUGAGAGGUCAGAAGGGGGCUGGUUUUAGACUACGUGCGCGUGUGUGCGUCGGGGCACCAGGAGAAGAAUAACGAAUGUGAGUUGCAGAUCUGAGGGCUUGUGGGGGCAACGGUGCGCUGUGCGAAGCGACAGGAUUGGCGGUUGAGGCAGCUGAUGCCGUACGCUGCUUGAGUGAUUACAUCCAUGCUGGUUGUGUCGAGCGUUGAGUGACGGCGAGUAUUGGAGAGCAGGUACAGGAGGCGUGUGGCAGGUUGUCGUGGAGUAUUGUUGACUUUGUUGUGGGUAGUCCAUUAUGAGGCACAUAAAGAUUCAUACAGAGACGCUCCGCGGCGCCCAAUCACAUCAGCGGAAGCUAUAAGCGGCCGUGCAGGUUUGGGUGAGCGCAGCCUUGGGAGAGAAACUUUACAAGAAUCCGCGUUGACAUGUAGACUGUCCCAAUGGCUGAAGUGGCGUUAUGGGUUGGAUUCCAUUGUUUUGAUGGCAACGCCGUGCCAGCCGUGAAUCAGUGAGCAAGUGGGGUUUACAGAAGUGUAGACGAUUUUUGCAGGGUCCGAACGCGAAGCUUUAUCACUACACUGAUUAGCGCAGCUUCCCUCCAAAUGACCCUUUUUGGCCUGGCUUGGCCCUCAGGCUAGGGCGGGGCCCGUACAGGGCCCACCACUGGUCUCCCAACCAUGCAUACCUGCUGGCGGUGUUGAAGCUCCCUAGUCCACUUCUCGUCAUGCAGUGUCAUGCAGACCGAGCACCGCUGCAUUAAUGAUCAUUCCGUGCACCACAACGCCAACUUGUGGGUGGCCAGGUCACUGUCAGCCGUUGACCUUGUAGGGGUGUCGACACCGCAGUGGAGGGGGCAGUCGAGCCCCAUGGCGACAGGCACGUGCUG